GUGCUAUCGUGUUUUUAGUCUUGCGAGGAUUUGAGUGAAAGCGCUCAGCUAGCACCCACAAGGGACAACUCCUUCCUGUAUUUUUUCUUCUGGUACGAGGUUAGCAAAAACAAACAGCCAAAAUGGACGCGAUCAAGAAGAAAAUGCAGGCGAUGAAGAUCGAGAAGGACAAUGCACAGGACAAGGCCGACACCUGUGAAAAUCAGGCCAAAGAGGCCAACCUCCGUGCCGACAAGAUCAUGGAGGAGGUCGCUGAGCUGACCAAGCGCCUGGAGCAGGUCACUCAGGAUCACGAGAAGUUCAAGGCCACUCUGGAGCAGGCCACCAAGGACUGCGAGGAGAAGGACAAACUGCUCACCUCCACCGAAGCCAAUGUUGCCGCCCUCACCCGCAAGGUGCAACAGGUUGAGGAGGAUCUGGAAAAGUCUGAGGAACGCUCGUCCGCCGCCCUGUCCAAGCUGCUAGAGGCCACCCAAUCGGCUGACGAGAACAACCGUAUGUGCAAAGUGUUGGAGAACCGUUCCCAGCAGGAUGAGGAGCGUAUGGAUCAGCUGUCCAACCAGCUGAAGGAAGCGCGUAUGCUCGCUGAAGACGCUGACACCAAGUCCGAUGAAGUGUCUCGUAAGCUGGCCUUCGUUGAAGACGAGCUGGAAGUCGCUGAAGACCGUGUGAAGUCGGGUGAGGCCAAGAUCAUGGAGCUUGAGGAAGAGUUGAAGGUUGUCGGUAACUCUCUGAAAUCUCUGGAAGUGUCAGAAGACAAGGCCAACCAGAGAGUAGAAGAAUUCAAACGCCAGCUCAAGACUCUGACCAUCAAACUGAAGGAAGCGGAAACUCGUGCCGAGAACGCCGAGAAGAACGUCAAGAAACUGCAGAAGGAGGUCGACAGACUAGAAGACGAACUUGGUACCAACAAGGACCGAUACAAGUCUCUGGCAGACGAAAUGGAUUCCACCUUCGCCGAAUUGGCCGGCUACUAAGCAGUCCAUCAUGGUCACAGCCAGUGGGACCUUGUAGCUGUCCAUAACAACGCAUCACAGCAAACGUUCUGUUCAUUAAACCAACCAUACACGGGUGUGCACAAAUGUCACCACGCGAGAACUGCGCUCCGAGAACGCCAUUGCGAACGAAGAAACCGACUUGAUACUAGAUUAGGGAACAACAAAUGGAAUAUCUAGUAGCGACAUUAAAUGUCCUCCGACCUCUAUUGGUGUGUGGAAAGCAUGCAAACCUAUAACAACUUUUGGUGAAACAGCCAAUGCUU